CGUUUUGCCAUCGUACGGUUCGCACGGAGGGUAUUUACGCUCGAUUAGAUCAAGAUGUCUGGACGUGGUAAAGGAGGCAAGAUUAAAGGCAAGGCGAAGAGCCGCUCCAACCGAGCUGGAUUACAAUUUCCCGUGGGCCGUAUCCAUCGAUUAUUGCGAAAGGGAAAUUAUGCCGAACGUGUAGGCGCUGGAGCACCGGUAUACCUGGCCGCCGUGAUGGAAUACCUUGCCGCCGAAGUGUUGGAGUUGGCCGGCAACGCAGCUCGCGAUAACAAAAAGACAAGAAUCAUUCCGAGACACCUGCAGCUCGCCAUCCGCAAUGACGAGGAGUUGAACAAGCUGCUGUCCGGCGUAACCAUUGCUCAAGGUGGUGUCUUGCCGAACAUUCAGGCGGUGCUGUUGCCGAAGAAAACUGAAAAGAAAGCAUAAUCGUAAACUGACGUGAGACAACCUUUGGUUUGCAGCCACUGCGAGUAACAAAUGGCCCUUUUCAGGGCCCCAAAAUAUUCAUACGAUGGUACGAUCUCUUGUCUGUUUGCUGCAUGUACAAUUUACUCCGUAUCUUUCAUUUGAAUAGUAGUUGUAACUGACAAAAAUAGAUGUCAAUCGAUAUCAAAAUACAAAAGAACACUUGAUGGAAACGUCUGGAACAGUUUUAUUUCUGACUUGUAAAUACAUUAAUGAUCAUAUUCCAAC